GCUGCCCACACUUAAUGCAGGACUCCCCACGUUCAGUGCAUUUAAAGGGCUGAGACUCCCACUCAGGCUCAUUGCAGCCACAACAGCAGGAGCAAGAUGAACCUGGCAAAGAUAGCUGAUUGGGACACAGUUAUGCAAUUGAGCGAUGCGGACGUGCAACCAGAAACUGCUAUGAAAGUGAAGUACAAUGGCUUGGAAAUAACCACCCUGGGGCAGACUCUGAAGGCGGGCGAGAUAAAGAAUCGUCCAUUCACUAUCAACUGGAAAGGAAUGAAGAUGAACAAGUUCUACACUCUGUUGCUAGUGGAUCUGGAUGCUCCAAGCAGGGCGGCCCCAAGCCAGAGGGAAUGGCGCCAUUUUAUGCUUUAUAACAUGAAAGGGAAUGACAUGGACAGUGGAAUUGUCCAAGCACCAUACAUAGGCUCAUUGCCUCCUGCAGGCUCCGGUUUCCACCGUUACGUCUGGCUUGUGUAUGAGCAAAAUGGACGUUUGACCGUCACUGAAAGACCUUUGCCUCAGUUUUUUGGACGUGGUGGGUUCCAGAGCGCAAAGUUCCGAAUACAGCACAACAUGAAAGGACCCGUGGCUGGCACUGCUUACCGAUGUCAGUGGGAUUCAGAUGUGGACAAAAUAGGAAGAGACAUCCCCAUGCAACGAUAAGAAAAUAAUAAUAAUUUGGUCACUCAAUCCA